AUGCUGCCCGUUACCGUCUGUCAAAGUUCUGAUUUUCCCUUAGUUGUUAGCCUAAUUGGACAUUCAUCCGUCUACUGUCUGUGUAUUUACUUAAUGGAAAAUAUAGCUCGACAGCCUUUAGGCCCACCACCGUUGCCAGUAUUUUUGCCAAGGACAUUCGGGAAUCCUGCGUCAAUCAUAGAUGCGCCACUGGUGGAUAUUUCUGAAAUUAAUGAAAUAAGACAGCUUGCAAAGGAAAAUGCUGUACUUGUCCACGAGAUGACCACUCAAGAAAAGGAUGAUCUCAUUGCCCAUUUCAGUCAAGCUUAG